AUGAGUCGCCAGCCUAUUGAUAUUGACUUCACAUUGCGUCGAGUUUUUGGGAAAAGAUCAUUUCGGCCCCUUCAGCGCGAUGUUAUCCAGGCUGCCAUCGAGGGACAUGAUGUCUUCCUGCAGGCAGCAACGUCGUUUGGCAAGAGCCUGUGUUUUCAGCUGCCAGCUGUAGUUGCCCAUGGAGUCACUGUGGUUGUCUCACCGCUCUUGUCAUUGAUGGUUGACCAAGUUGCCAGCCUUGAAGCUAGAGCAAUACCAGUCGCAACCAUCAACUCAACAACCCCUGUGUCAAAGCGCAAGAAAAUUCUUGCAGAUAUCUUGUCAGGGCAUCCAGUGACUCGUCUUUUAUAUGUGACCCCGGAAUAUUGUCAGACUGAAACUUUCAGGCGCAGUAUCUUAACAGUGCAUCAACAAGGGGAACUCACACGAGUAGCAAUUGAUGAGGCUCAUUGUGUCAGUGAAUGGGGCCAUGACUUUCGGCCUGCGUAUAAAGCUUUGUCCUGGUUUAGGCGUGAGCUUAAAAAUCCAAUUGUUCCUAUGACCGCUUUGACAGCUACUGCAACAAGUCGUGUUCGCAACGACAUUAUCACUUUGCUUGGAUUGGACCCAGGUAAUUUGAAAAGGUUUAGCACAUCUUCAUCUCGUCCGAACAUUCACUAUGAGGUGAAAUACAUUCCGGAGUGCGCCUAUGAUCUGACAGUACCGGAAGACAGCCAAAUAGACCAUUUGAUAUCCUGGCUACGAGCAAUCCAUAAGCGUCGUCUAUCAAGGUUAUCACAGCCCACAAACGGCGCCCAGAGUGAGACUGUGGCAAAAGACUCGGCUCUUCCUCCAAUGUCAGGGAUUAUAUAUGUCCCGCUCAGAGCGCUGUGCUGUGCCAUUGCAAGCAUCCUAAGCUCCUGCACAACCCUCAGCAUAAAGGCUGUCUCCUACCAUGCUGGCCUCCCAGCUACAGAACGGGAGAGGAUUCAGUCAAUGUGGUCAGCUCCCCACAAAAAUCCAUCAAAAACAACUGCACAAACCUCUCCGGCCUUUUACAUCGUCGUUGCUACCAAUGCAUUUGGAAUGGGAAUCGAUAAUUCCAACGUACGCUUCGUCGUACACUGGACUCCGCCACGUACCUUUGAAAGUUUUGUACAGGAAUCUGGACGUGCGGGCCGAGACGGUUGUGCGGCUAUUUCUCUAGUCUACUACAACCCUUCAGAGUGCAUACGAAUAAUCGAUCGUAUCCGUCAAACAGGUGACUUUGCGAAUGAAACGGUCCGGCUGACUAGGAAAAGGACGUUCGAAAAUCUCAGCGCUGCUGAAAUCAGAGCCCAGGAAGAAGCAAAAAUACAGAACACUGAGGCUAUUCUUCAGAGCUUUGCGAAGGUUGUCAAAUACUGUGAAACAACCGAUCGGUGUAGACACGCUGUUAUCCAAGAGUUUUCUGACGAUCUUGAAUUGGAGCUUGCUCGAGAGCGACCCAAACCGUCAUCUCAGAUUGCGUCGGGGCCGGUUGAGUCGAAGCCAACAAGCGUUGUUGUGUGCGACUAUGCAUGCGAUCACUGCAAAGAGGGGCCAAUUGCAUUGGGACAGAGGAAAAAGGACGGGCUGAAACAUCCCAACCAAUCGUGUGAUGGUGAAAUGUCGGAAGAUGGCAUUUAUAUCAAGAUGAGUUUGAUCAACUUUAUGGAAUCAUACAUGAGUAGGCACACGGUUACUCAUCUUUCCGAUAUGAUAUCAUGGUAA